UAACACGCACGCCUUGUUCACGUGUAGACCAAAACAUAAAUACACUGGAUUAUUUACCAGAAUUCUCGAAUUAUCUACUUUUUUGAUUAUAACGAAGCAAUUUUAGCGGAUUUCCCAUAGGUGGCGCGCUAAAGGAUUAUCAAAAAAUGAAUUAAUUUUAAAACUACUUAAAUAUUUGUAGAGCUAAAGACAGAAAUUCGACUUUUAUUGCGAUUACUGUACAACACGUUUUAAAAUUUCACUUCGUUUUAAUUUACUUAUGUCAGAAAUCGAUUCAAGUAAUUAUUUUUUUUUCGAUUGAAACACACAGGAGUGAAAUAAACCCAUCUCCAGAUAAUUAUUCCACUAUUUAUUGAGGAUUAAUAUCCACCGUUUCAUCAGUCACGGAGUCUUUUAUCUCGUCUGUGUUUGUAGUUGUUUGAAUGAAGACUGGAGACACUCUGCUCUUGAGGGAAAUUUGACUUUUGCUGAAUUGUUUUGUUUAUUUUUAAACGAAAAAAAGCCCAAAUUGAGCGAACAUCGCGAGUUUGCAGCGAGAAGCGGACAGUGAGCAGAUGGAGAGUCCGUACAGAACGCAUCGCUCCAAACACACUGGAGUUCGCAGUGUGUCGAGUGGCCGCUCCGCCAUGAAGAAGAAAAACUCCCACAAACACAGACAUACUCGUGCGGUCAGUCCUGUGCGGCCGCUGGGUCAGACAGUGGUGGGUUGCCGGAUCCAGCACCUCUGGAAGGAGGAUGUUUCAUCUCCAGUGUCACUGUGGAAAGGGACGGUUCUGUCGCAGGUGGAGGUGGAUUCCUCCCUGUUCCUCAUCAAAUAUGAUGGAGUGGACUGUGUCUACGGCCUCCAGCUCUUCACAGACGAGCGGGUUCGAGAUCUGGAGCUUCAGCCGGGCCAGAUCGCCUCGUUUCGGGUCAGCGACUCCAGGCUGGCAGACAGGCUUCUGGGACGGCCCGUGGUUCACCUGUUCGAGACGGACGAUGGAUCCAAAGACGAGUGGAAGGGUCUGGUUCUCUCCAGAGCUCCCAGCAUGCCUGCAUGGUUCUUUAUCACGUAUGAGAAAGACCCGAUGCUGUACAUGUACCAACUGAUGCAGGAUUACAAGGAUGGAGAUCUGCGCCUGCUGCCCGAGUCAGAUGAGACAGCUGAGCUCAGAGAAGCAGGUGAAGCGAGUGAGACUCUGGUGGGGAAGCAGGUGGAGUGUCUGAAUAAAGACGGAGCGCAGAAGCUCGGCACCAUCAUCCAGCAGGUCCAGGCCAAACCCUCCGUUUACUUCAUCAAGUUCAACGACGACUAUCACAUCUACGUCUAUGACAUGGUGGGAUCCUGAAUCUGUCUGACUCCAGAUCAGUCCGUUCUGAGAGAUCCACGUCUCCAUCAGCUUCCGUCUUGACACACAGAGAUAUUUUUAUACUCGUCGUUUUCGUUGGAGAUGUCACAGAUGAUCGGUUCACGUCUCGGUUGGGUUUUUGUUUGUUUGUUAGCAUUAAAGAGUUCAUCAUCCGUUUCUGAUGCUGUAAAUAGUCCCGUUUUCUCUUCUGAGAUCUUUGUGAGACCAACUGAUGAAUAAAAGCAUUCCUAAAGAGUCUCUUGUCAAUUCAGCCAUGUGUUCUGGUCUGUUUUGACUCAAAAGAUGCAUCAGGAUAUCUUUGAAAUUGCACAACUUUGCAAAGGCUUUAAAGUCUGCAUGAACCGGAAGCUGCAACCGUGAUUUUUUUUGUAAUAUGAUGCAGUGCCUAGAGAAAUAGAAUAUAAAAUGAGAAAACAGUGGGCGUGGCUUGUUUUUUUUCUGCUGCGAGCUGAUUGGAUGUAGUAAAGUAGGCGUUUCAUUCAGAAAGAUGGAGAAAAGGGUUUGAGGAGAGUUAUUACAACCUCCUCACCAUUUCUGAUUGUUGUCAUAGGAGGGGCGUGGUUAAUUGUUAGCCCCGCCCAAUACCUCAGACCUAAUCUGGGAAUUUAACUGAAAGCAAACAGGAAGUGCAUUUUCAGAUAUAAAUUAAAGAUU